UAGGCAACUUUGUGCAAAUACAUUUUUUUCUUAAGUUAUUUAAGAAAGAUUUAGCUGAAUUUUGGUCACAAACGUUAGAUUAAAACAAUAUAACGAAGAAAAGAAGAAGAAAAACGAAACAUUUCUUGUCCGUGAAGCUCGACGGUUAAUAACGUCGUACACGGUAUUUUACGUUAAACUAGACCCGAUGUGUUUCGCUCGUUCAGAGCUUGACAGAUUUUUUGUUAGUUUACUACAAGAACGACGUGCAAAACAUCAUUAGGGGACCUUUAGUGAAGCAAAACAUAAGGAGCUAAGUGGUCAGUCCUGUUACGUUGAAAGACGUGAAAACAAUUACGAAAUAAUCUUGAAAACCGGUUUAUGCCUUGACCUGGUGUGGUGGUAUCUGUCUGACCAGUCCUUCACCACAUUACAGAGAGAAGUAGUCUUGUAGUCUGUUGCUGGCUUUUAAAGAGGAAGACUCUUUAGUUCUGAGCGGAUUCAGGACUGAAUGAUCCAGUGUUAGCGUUCAGUGGAGGAGAACAAACGCUCGUUGAUCGGACGUUGGGCCCUGGACCUCAAAACCUACCGCGCUUCCAUAAAGGUACUCGGUGAAAGAUGAUGGGUGAGGACCGAAAAAUAUGGACCACGGACCAAUCUCGUAACUCCAUAGAGUCUUUUUGGUCUGAAACUCCACCAGAAGCCAUGUCACCAGCCAUCUCCAGAACUGCUGCAGGGGAGAUAAACCAUUGGUGGAGCCAACUCAAGUUCCGCCUUCAGCAUAGAAAAGGAUGGAACGAAAUGUUGGAUGAGACCUUCCUCACGCAGAACAAAAAAGUCAAUGACAUCCCCCUGUUUUCCGCCACUAAGGAGAAUAAUGCAGCGUGUAUUAAGAAACUGCUUGACUGUUCAUCAACAAAUAUCUUUGAGAGAGGUGAACUUGGAGAGACGGCUCUGCAUGUUGCUGCGAUGAGUGAUAAUUUGGAUGCGGCUGUGGCGUUGAUGGAAGGAGCGCCGGAGCUCAUCAACGAGCCCAUGACCUCUGAACUCUACCAAGGUUUAACUGCCCUUCACAUUGCUGCUGUUAACCAGAAUGUUAACUUGGUCAGGGAGUUGAUAGCAAGGGGAGGUGAUGUGGCGACACCCAGGGUCACAGGCAUGUACUUCCGCAAAAGAAGAGGAGGACUUCUGUACUUCGGUGAGCACAUCCUGGCAUUUGCGAGCUGUGUGGGCAAUGAAGAAAUUAUAGCCAUGCUGAUAAAAGCUGGAGCUAAUGUCAGGGCCCAGGAUUCCCUGGGUAAUACCAUUCUUCAUCUGUUGGUUAUGCAGCCCAAUAAAACAACAGCAUGUCAGGUUUUUGAUCUGCUGAUGUCACAAGAUGCAGAUCUGGACCCCGCUAUCCCUCUAGACAUGGUACCCAACUACAGAGGCCUCACGCCGUUCAAACUCGCUGCGAAGGAGGGCAACCUCGUGGCCUUCCAGCACUUGGUUUACCGCAGACGCAUUAUUCAGUGGAGUCUGGGACCAUUGUCUUCCAACCUUUAUGACCUCACUGAGAUUGACUCCAGGGAUGAUGACCUCUCAGUGCUUGAGAUCAUUGUCAGCAGUCAGAAGAGAGAGGCCAGAAGGAUUCUUGAGUUGACUCCAGUUCGACAGCUUGUCAGACUGAAGUGGAAUCUGUAUGGGAAACAUUACUUCAGGUUAUUGACGCUGGUGUACCUGCUGUAUAUCAGCAUAUUCACUUUGUGUUGUAUAAACCGCCCCCUGAAGGACAUUCCUGAGAAUUACACCAAAGCAGACAACGACCCAACCAUAAAAGUGCAGAAAGGCUUUACGGAGAGCUAUCAGACCUAUAAAGAUCACCUGCGUUUAAUUGGAGAAAUUAUCAGUGUCAUAGGAGCCAUCGUUAUUCUGCUGAUAGAGAUUCCCAGUAUUUUGAAAGUGGGAGCUAAACGCUAUUUUGGACAGUCUGCGCUUGGAGGACCCUUCCACAUCACUUUAAUCAGUUACGCGAGUCUGGUUGUGAUUUUGUGUGUGCUGCGCUCCACUGGAAUGGCAGAAGAGCUCGUGCCAAUGGCUUGGGCUUUGGUUCUCGGCUGGUCCAAUGUCAUGUACUUCGCCCGAGGUUUUGAGAUGCUGGGACCCUACGUCAUUGUGAUUCAGAAGACGAUAUUUGGCGAUAUGACGAAGUUCAUGUGGUUGUCCCUUAUCUUCCUCAUUGGAUCCUCUGCCGGUUUGUGGGUUUAUUACGUGACUCAAGAACCUUUAGCUAUACCGUCAUACCGCUCGUUCCCUAUCACCGUCUUCACUCAGUUUGAGCUGAGCAUCGGUCUGAUUGACUUGCCAGUGGACCAUACGCUCUACACCCAUCCAGUGGUGCACUGUGUCCACAUCUGCUUCAGUGUGAUCUCUUACAUCCUCCUGUUCAACCUCCUGAUCGCCAUGAUGAGCGACACGCAGUGGAGGGUCACCCAGGAACGUGACGAACUCUGGAGGACCCAGGUGGUGGCCACUACUCUGAUGCUGGAACGGAGGUUACCACUGCGCCUGUGGCCAAGACUGGGCGUCUGUGGUCUGGCGUUCGGCCUUGGAGAACGCUGGUUCCUUCGAGUGGAGGAUCGCAAUGACCCAUUGGUGCAAAAGAUGAGACGCUACGUUAACGCAUUCUCAAAGGAUGGAGAACCAGCUAGGGAGAAGGAGGAAACAGGCAAGAGUGACCUUGGAAAUGAUCCACUGCAAACCAAUCUUAUUGUGAAAAACAGGCCCAGAAUUCAGAGGAGACCAAUAAAAUGCUGGCAGCUCAUUCGGCAGAGUAUAGAAUGUGAAAAGGAAGAAAAUGUGGAUAGCCCAGAUAUCAAGUAUAUCUAAAAAU